UGUCCUGGAGUGAUUGACGGAAUAAAUAAAGAAAUCAAGUUGGAGUAUGAAAUUUCUCGCUGCUGCCUGUCAUCAGCUUACGACUCUCUCCCAAAUCCUACUACUAAUUCGUUUGUCGUAACAAGGGCAAGUCUUCGUCUUCGUCGCCGUCGCACCGAGCCGCCGUGGCUGCCCCUCCUCCCCGUCCUCUCUUCCAUUAACUGCUCCGGCGCUGCGCUGCGGGGAGCCGCCGCCCCCUCUUCUUCCUCGUGUGAUUUCAUUUCAGGCAGGCAGGCGCCCGUGCAGAUCCAGCUCGGAUCCCUUCCUUUUCAGACUUGUGUUCAAGAGAAGCAAGAUGGCUCAUAAUUCAGACGGCGAGCUGGAGGAGCAAUCGAACGAGGGUUACCAGGAGGCGGCGUUCGAGGCCUUCAUGUGCCCUCUCACCAGGCAGGUGAUGCAGGACCCGGUCACCAUCGAGACAGGCCAGACCUUCGAGCGCGAGGCCAUCCUCAAAUGGUUCAAGGAGUGCAGGGACAAUGGCAGGAGGGCCACCUGCCCACUCACGCAGACAGAGCUCCGCAGCACCGCCAUCACCCCCAGCAUCGCCCUGCGCAACGUCAUCGACGAGUGGAGGGCCAGGAAUGAAGAGAAGGACCUCGAGAAAGCCUGCAACGCUCUCGGCAUGCACCCUGAGUCCGGCGAGGAGGAUGAAACCCUGCGUGCCCUGGUGUAUAUCUCGCAGAUAUGCCAGAGGAGCGGUGCCAAGAAGAACCUGGUCCGCGAACAGGGCAUCAUACCGAUGAUCGCCGACAUGCUCAAGAGCAGCAGCAGGAGGGUCCGGCUCAAGUCUCUGCAGGUGCUUCGCGCCGUUGUCGAAGACAAUGAUCAAAACAAGGAAGAGUUGGGGAAAGGCGACACUGUGCGCACGAUUAUAAAGUUCCUGUCAAACGAGCAUAUCCAGGAGAGGGAGCUCGCGGUGUCCUUGCUGUAUGAGCUCUCAGAGUAUGAGCCUGUGUGCGAGAGGAUCGGCGCGGUGUAUGGGGCUAUACUCCUGCUGGUUGGAAUGGGGAGCAGCAAGUCGGAGAACACGAUCGCCGUGGAGAAAGCAGAGAUGACGCUGAGGAAUUUGGAGAGGUAUGACACCAACAUCAAGCAGAUGGCUGAAAAUGGCAGGCUGCAGCCUCUCCUAACCAAGCUCCUUCAAGGCGAGCCUGAGGUGCAGGUUACCAUGGCAGAGUACCUGGGUGAGCUCGCAUUGGCUCACGACGUGAAGGUGGUGGUGGCGGAGCAGGUCGGGGAGUUGCUGGUUAGCAUCAUCAAGACGGGUGGGCUGCCGGCGAGGGAGGCGACGCUGAAAGCACUGAGGGAGAUGUCAUCCAACGAGACGAGCGCCAAGAUACUGCUGCAAGCAGGCAUCCUUCCCCCGCUGGUCAAGGACCUCUUCUCCGUCGGUGCCAGCAGCCACUUCCCCAUGAGGCUCAAGGAGGUGUCGGCCACCAUCCUCGCCAACCUCGUGGCCUCCGGCGCCAGCUUCAGAUCCAUUCCGCUGGACGAUGCCGGGCAGACACUGCUGUCGGAGGACGUGGUGCACAGCCUGCUCCACCUGAUCAGCAACACAGGCCCCGCUGUGGAGUGCAAGCUCCUCAACGUGCUGGUCGGACUCACCAGCUCGGAUGCCACGGCGCCCGACGUGGUGUCGGCGAUCAGGAGCUCCGGCGCGACCAUCAGCCUGAUCCAGUUCCUGGAGGCGGCACACCGGGAGAUCCGGGUGGAAUCGCUCAAGCUGCUGCGGAACGUGUCGCCGUACAUGGGCGCCGAGCUGGCAGACGCCGUGGGCGGCCACCUGAGCAGCUUGCUCCGGGUGGUCUCAGACAGCGGUGGCGGAGGCGUGACAGAGGAGCAGGCCGCAGCGGUGGGCCUGCUGGGCGACCUCCCAGAGAGCGACACGAAGCUGACGCGGCAGCUGUUUGAGCUUGGGGCGUUCAGGAUGGUGAGCUCGAAGCUGGCGGAGGUCCGGCGGGGCGCCAUCCGCGGGAACCGGUACGUUGCGCCGCUGACAGAGGGCAUGGUGAAGGUGAUGUACAGGCUGGCCUGCGCGGUGGCGACAGAGGAGGAGUACGUGGAGCUGGCGAGGGAGGUCGGGCUGGCGCCGCUGCUGGUGGAGUUGCUGCAGGUGAACGGGCAGCAGGACACAGUGCAGCUCUACGCGGCGCUGGCGCUGGAGAAGCUCUCCCUAGAGACGAAGAACCUGACAGUGAUGCCGGACCCGCCGCCAAAGGCAGCAGGCGGUAGUUUUCUGUGGUGCCCGUGCUUGGGUGGUGGCGGGGCAGCAGCAACAAAGGCAGGGAGUGUCGAGGGCGUGUGCCGGGUGCACGGUGGGUACUGCUCACUGAGGGAGAGCUUCUGCAUCGUGGACGGGAAGGGAAAGACGGUGGAGCGGCUGGUGGCGUGCCUAGACCACCUGAACCCAGAGGUGGUGGAGGCGGCGCUGGCGGCGGUGUCGACGCUGGUGGGGGACGGGGAGGAGGAAGGGGUGGUGGUGCUAGGGGAGGCAGAGGGGCUCCGGCCGGUGGUGGAGAUCCUGGUGGAGAACCGAACGGAGGCAUUGAGGAGGAGGGCGGUGUGGCUGGUGGAGAGGAUCCUCCGGGUGGAAGACAUUGCUGCUGAGGUGGCCGCCGACCAGACGGUGGCGUCGGCGCUGGUGGAGGCUUACCGGAACGGUGACCCCCGCACCAGGCACACCGCCGAGCGCGCCCUCAGGCACCUCGACAGGAUCCCCAACUUCUCCAGCGCCUUCCACAAUCAAGGACAACCACGACGACCAUCAUGAUACUCUUUCUUCUUCGUUUUAUACCAUACCCCAUUCCGUUCUUUCUUUCCUUCUUUUUUUGUGUAUGUAUUGUCUGUAAUGUAGACAAAACAAGUGAUAGAUCCAUCCACACUGGGGUUGUAUGUAUAUAACAAUGUAAUUAGCUUGAUUGAUUCAUUCAUCUGAUGCACGAGCAA